UCCCUUAAUUACCACUACUUCUAUUCUAAUACUUCACCUUUGAUUAAUUUGCUUAAUUAAGGUGAACUAAGCUUAGCAGCCUUAGAAAUGGCUUCUUCCUACACAUCUCUAGCUUUGGGUGCUCUUCUUCUCAUGAGCUGCGUCUCAUGGGGCUCGGCCGCCACCUACACCGUCGGCGAUUCCCAGGGUUGGGGCUUUAACGUCAACUACUCAACUUGGGCUAGCAACAAGAAGUUCGUCGUGGGCGACAAACUUGUUUUCAACUAUCAAACCGGCCAACACACGGUCGCGGAGGUGAGCUCGAGCGACUACAACUCGUGCUCGACCAGCAACCCCAUCAGCACCAACACCAAUGGGCCCACCACCAUCACCCUCGCCACCGCGGGGUCCCACUACUACAUCUGCACCAUCCAGAGCCACUGCUCCGCCGGCAUGAAGCUUGCCGUCAACGUCGCCGCCUCCUCAUCCUCCUCUCCAUCCACACCGCCACCGAAGUCGUCAUCCCCCGCCCCGCCCGCCACCCCUACGACACCCUCCACGCCGACAACACCCUCCACUCCGACCGCAGCCGCUCCCUCCACCCCGACUGCCUCCGCGCCAACCAACCACCAAUCCGGAGCUGCCUCUGACCUCGUGCCGACCUUAUCGGCUGUGGCGGCGAUCGCCGGGCUCGUGGCGAUGAUCUUCUAAGCCCGGCCAGGGUGGAGACAGUGCCAUUGUACACUCUCUCUCUCUCUCUCUCUAGAUCUCCCUUUUUGGAGACAUUAUUCUUUUUGUUGUAUCUUAGGUGGUGAUUAGAUCGUUUUACGGGGUAUACGUUGAUUUCGUUACGAGGGUUGAUUACCAGGUGUACGUAAUUUUACGGCUUCAGAUAUUUUGUGCGCGUGGAGUGUGUUCACAUUUGUAUCUUGAGAUUCAUUACAUUUACUGAUUCAAUAAAGGACAUUACUUUGUACCAA